AUGGAACUUCGAAACUCAAGGCUGCAUCACUCAUUACCAGCCUUGGAUAUUUCUUCUGUCCCAGAAGUACAUUAUAGACCAAAAUAUAUAACUAUAAGAAAAAAACGUCGGGGAGAUGAUGCCCUUGGACAUAUAUUGUCUGCUUUUUACGCAAAACUGAUAGUAAUUUUGGGAGUUGCGUUGCCUAUAACAGACGCUAUUAAAUUGAAGGGGUACGAUGUUUACGAGGGGUUUUAUAUGUAUCUUUACAUAUUAAGCAUAAUAUUCUUGGGCUAUAUGUAUUUUAUACAAAUGAAAAAACGCCCAUUAGCGGAUACAAAAAGGAUUACAUUGGGAUUUAAUGCCAGUAGAAUUGGACCAUUUUCAGGUUCUACCGACUCCUUAAAUGGUUUUACCAAGAAAAAUCAUUACAUUCGAUAUGGAAGUUUUUAUUUUAGGAUGGGAGUUACAGGAUUUGGUAUUGGAUCUGUUAUAUAUUCAGGUCUUCAGUUUGGCCAGUACUGGGAACUUUCGUCCGAUGGAGACUGUAAUAAUCUUCUCAAAGCUAUCAAGCCCUUAUGCAGGAUUAUUUUUUCUUUGAUGCAAAUGCUAUUUAUAUUUUCUUUUAGUAAUUUUAUAGAUGUUCAAAAUUCCAAAUCCAUAGCACGAUUCGGCCUUAUGCAUAUGAUAGCAACAAACCUAUGCGAAUGGUUAUAUGUUUUGGUUCAAGAAACUCAACAAGAUAUCUACGUGUCAGCUAAUAGAUACCGAGCCAACAAAACUAUUUCAGCAGUGGAUAUGCAGUUUAUUAACUCAAACGCUUUUAAAGUCACCAGAGCAUAUUACGAACACAAGUAUUCUUGCCUGAAGUCCAAAAUAAUGGAAAAAAUUUUGGUUAAAGUUAUACCAUAUUUAGCUCCUUGUACAGUUGAGUACAGCUUAUUAUGUGCAGUUAUUUUAGGAUUGAUGUGGAAAAAUACCUGUGCUCCACAUAAAACAGAUUUUGAUCGGGAAAAUUCAACUGAGCUAAUGGAAAGACAAAGCGGAUGUAAUGUUAUUUACAGCAAACGAAACAGUCAAUUUUCAGUAGAUUGUGCACAGGCACAUAAAGGACUUUUUUCAGGGAUACUUGUGUUGGCCGUUACUAUUAUUAGCCUGAUUAUGUUCUUUGAAUUUGUGGCCAUGAAAGAUUUUAAAGAUGUUGCCGUAUUUCAAGUAAAUAUUUGGGAAGCAGUAUUAUUUUGGGCGGGCACAGCAUCAGUUAUAAGUUGUUUGCACGCCCUAAGGGACGUAGGCAUUAGGAAGAUGAAAAGGCAUUUAGAACUGGAACAUCUUUUGAUGUUAGUGACUCAAUGUGGGGUUUUUAUGUACUUUUUGUUUCAAAUUAUUGGGGCAAUACUUAUGGGAACUAAUAAAGGAAAAGGCGGAAUCAUGAGAAUUAUUACUCCCGCAUCAGCUCUCGUCCAAUCCGCCUCUCAAACAGUUUUAAUCCUGGACGCUUGGCGUAGACGUUGCAACACUGAAGAACAAAUGCGUCGAAAACCCGGAAGGCAACUUAUUACAUUCCUUCUCGUGGUUAAUAUUUCUCUAUGGUUAAAUAAUAGACUAAAAAAUAACCAGUCUGUUUACCAUCCCAAUCAAAUGGACUUUUAUGGAGUGCUGGCUUGGAAUAUUAUAACUCACGUGUCAAUGCCGUUGGUUCUUUCUUACAGAUUUCAAUCGACUGUUUGUUUUUACGAAAUUUGGAAACAUGUUUACAAGAUAAGGCCUAUAAAUAAAAAUGAACCCUAAAUUGACUUGAAUUGGCAUGUAUAUUUAUUUGUAAUAUAGCUAUGGACAAGUGUA